CCCCGCCCCGCCAUGCCAUGUCCGCGCUGAACUGGAAACCCUUCGUCUACGGCGGGCUCGCCUCCAUCGUGGCCGAGCACCUUCCCCGUGGACCUGACCAAGACGCGGCUGCAGGUGCAGGGCCAGAGCGGCGAUGCGCGGUUCCGCGAGGUGCGGUACCGCGGCAUGUUCCACGCGCUGUUCCGCAUCUGCCGGGAGGAGGGCGGCCGCGCCCUCUACUCGGGGAUCGCCCCGGCGCUGCUGAGACAGGCGUCCUACGGCACCAUCAAGAUCGGGAUCUACCAGAGCCUGAAGCGGCUCUUUGUGGAUCGCAUGGAAGGCCUGGGGCAGCCAGUGGCCUGGUGUCCUCGGGGAAGUGCUGUGAUGAAACGUUGCUCAUCAAUGUCAUCUGUGGCGUGGUCUCGGGGGUGAUCUCCUCUGCACUUGCCAACCCCACAGACGUGCUGAAGAUCCGCAUGCAGGCUCAGGGCAGUCUGUUCCAGGGUGGGAUGAUCGGCAGCUUCAUCGACAUCUACCAGCAGGAGGGCACCCGAGGCCUCUGGAGGGGUGUUGUCCCAACAGCUCAAAGAGCUGCCAUCGUGGUGGGGGUCGAGCUGCCAGUCUAUGACAUCACCAAGAAGCACUUAAUUGUGUCAGGCCUGAUGGGGGACACCAUCUUUGCCCACUUCGUUUCCAGUUUCACCUGUGGGCUGGCGGGGGCCGUCGCCUCCAACCCCGUGGACGUGGUGCGGACGCGGAUGAUGAACCAGCGGGCGAUCGUGGGCAGCACCGAGCUCUACAAGGGUACUCUGGAUGGCCUGGUGAAGACGUGGAAGAGCGAGGGCUUCUUUGCCCUCUAUAAAGGUUUCUGGCCCAACUGGCUUCGGCUUGGUCCCUGGAACAUCAUCUUUUUUAUCACGUACGAGCAGCUGAAGCGCCUGCCCUUCUGACCGCAGCCCCCGCAGCUCUGCUGCUCCCGCCCCUCAUCUGCCCCCGUCCCUGUGUUGGUACCUGUGGGUCUGGGCUCUCCUCCUCCCCCAAAUGCAUGGUCCCUGCAGCACGGGGUCUGGAGCCUGUGGGGAGCCUGCUGGCAGGUGCUGCCUGGCUUGUUUUGCCCCGUGGAGGCGAGUGUUCUCGGUGUACAAGUGUCUGGGCCUGCAGCCAUAUCUUCUGUGAAGAUCCAUGCAUCCCAGUGGCCUUCUGGUGCAGCUGUGUUUGUGCUGUGUGUUCUGCCGUGCCCGGGGAAGGGGCUGGGGGUGCUGCCGUGUCUUCUUGCAGAGCUGUAACCUCAUUAAAUUAUUUAUUGACUGGA